AUGGCGAGCGUUGCCGCGGCCGCCCCCACAGCUAACGGCCUCCGCCUGCAGCGCAGUGUGCAGGCAGCACGCAUCUCCAGGGCCGCCAGCAUUCACAGCGCCCCUGUGCAGCGGCACCGCCGGUGGCGGCAGGCGGCAGCCGGCAGCGGCAGCAGCGACGAGGAGGCCAGCAGCAGCAGCAGCAGCGAGCGCCUGGGCCUCAUCAUAGAGUGCGACGGCGCCCUGGUGGAUGCCCACGAGAUUGGCCACGACUGCACCAACUGGAACGCCGCCAUCUUUUAUGACUUGAUGCGGCUGGGCGACGGCACGGGGGAGGGCGUGAUAGCGGCGUAUUAUGGAAUCCGUGGGUGGCCCAUGAUGCUGGCCAGCAGCGAGCGCGGCGCCUUCCUCAAGAAGGUGCACGCCAUCAAGGUGCGCAUCCUGCGGGAGAUGACUGCCAAGGGCGAGGUGCCUGUGCGGCCGGGGGUGGCCCAGUUCCUGGAUGACGCGCUGGCGGAGGGCGCCCCGGUGGCGGUGGUGGCGGCCACCGCCUCGGUGCCAGAGGACGGCCUGGUGAGCUCAGCCAUGCUCAACCUGGGGCCCAACAGGGCCUUCCAGCUGAGGGUGGUGUCAAUGGGCGCAGGCAGCGGCGCCACCCCGUUUGGCGGUGAGGGCGCCGAGGGCGCGGCGGCGCCGCCGCAGGGAGGCAGCGGCGGCGAGGCCGGCGACGAGCUGCCCGGCGCCAGCUUCGAGCAGCAGGUGGCGGCGGCGCAGGCGCGGGCCAAGAGCCAGGCGGCGCAGGAGUUUGUGCGGGCAUACAACCUGCAGCGGGCCUCGGGGAUGGGCAUGGCAGUAGAUCCAAAGAUGAUGGCGGCUGCGGAGCGUGCGGGCCUCAUCAGCCCCCAGUUCAUGUCUGCCCUCGCCGAUUCUCUGGGCACCAGCCCCGGCAGUACCCUGGUGGUGGGUGGAGGGCACACCAUCCUGGAGGCAGGCAGGAGCGCUGGCAUGCUGGCGCUGGCGGUACCGCCGAGCGUGGCCAUGCGCGGCGGCUUUGCGGCGGCGGACGCUGUCUUCGACGGCUAUGGCGCGGGCGGAGGGCUGACGUGGUGGAAGGCCAAGCUGCUGCUGCAGAAGAAGCGGAUGGCAGAGGGCGGCGGCGCGGCAUAG